AUGGAAACAGCAGACGCAUCGGCUCUGGCAGAAAACGCAAAUGGUGUUGAAAGAACAGCGGACAAAACCGUGAACUCAAGUCCCUCGAUGGUCAGCAAUGUUGAACGUAAUAACGAAAGUGUAGAUGGAUCGCUGGAGAGCCAGCCCACCUCUAUCAGAAAGGAUCCUGUGGCGACCCCGACUUCGGAAGAGACGCAGCUAUCGCGCCCACGUCGUCAAGCCAAAGUCAGUGUUGUGGCGAGACGCGCGCCACCGAAACGUCAACCGAAUAGAGCAACCCCAAAGAAAGAUGACAAGAAAGAAAUUGUUGAGCUCCAUAGUCGGGAUUCCAAAUCAGACAGAUCAGGUAUACUUGUAGCAGAGCAACCUUCGACAUCAAACGAAGCACAAGAGCGCGCAAAGAUCAGAAGAUCUGUCUCAAAGGAGAGAGAGGAAGCAACAGCGAAGGAUGCCGGAGAAAAGAGCUAUGAGAAUAGUACUCCAAUACCGGUAGAGGUUGAAUUGAAAAGACCAUCUCGAGCAAAACGAGCAAUUCCUCGCAAAUCUCGUGGGCGCCGUUGA